CUAUCAGUGAAUGAGGCCCAAUGUCUGGUGGUUUCUGCUUCUCACUGUGCGCGCCCCCGCUGGGUGCACAGUGUAUGCAAAUCUGGGCAGGUUGGCACAGCUCGGCACCGCAUCCGUUAUGCUCAGGUGCAUUUGACGGCUGUAUGGGUACAUAGGUACUGCAUUAAUUUAUUUAAGCACCGCGAAAUGUAAACGAAUUUCCAGUUAACAUGGGAGGACGCACAUUGACCCUGGAGAGUCACACUAGCGGAGAUCUCAACACUUUCCUCCUCAGUUUGGUUGAGUUUUGCGUCGAUUCAGUCACCACCUGUUUCUCCCAUGACGCAGACAAACUUUGCGUCUCCAUCGGUCUCAGCUCUCUGUCUGCGCUGGUUUUACUGCUGUCAUGCCUCCUGCUCGUGUACCAGAGCUGCACGUUUCGGGGAGAGAAUCCGGGAGGAACCUCCAGUUUCCUCUAUAGCCUCCUCGGUAACAUGUGCAGCACAGUUGGAGCCAUUCUGUCGAGACAGCUGCAGAUUCAAGUUCUGUUGGGUGCUUUUGCUGCUGCCCUGGAUGCUGUCACUUUCAUGUCAUGCUGCUGCCAUGUGCUGCUGUGCUGGAACUCAAAGGCAGAAAGGAGGCUGAGGAUGAGGAGGGGGCGGAGGAGACAGCACCUCCUUGCAAUAUGUGUACUGAUGGUGGUUGCAGGAGGGUUUCUGAAGUCAAAGGUGGCCCAACAACCAGCGGACAGACCUCUCAUCAGGAGGAGGCUGCAGCAUUUCGCUCUUCAAGACAACACUGAAAUCCUUGGUUACAUACUUGGCCUGCUGUCCUUUGUCAUCGCCUGCACCUCCAGGUUCCCUGCACUCUGCAGAGCAUAUAGAGGACAGAUGUUGACCUGGGCCUACGUGAUCUCUGGACUGCUGUGCUCACUGGCUGGUGCCCUCUAUGCUGCUGCCAUACUCCUGUACGACACUCAGUUUGGGUUUCUUUUAAGAGUCAUGCCGUGGUUGCUGUCAGCAAUAUGCUGCAUCGCCCUGGACCUUCUUAUUCUUGUCAUUCAUUUGUGCAAGAGAGGAACAAGACGGCAGCUCACCAGUUUAUCUCCAGACACAGAGAGCCUUUUAGGUGGCUCAGGCACUGAGGAUAACGCGGUCAUGAAGAGACAGAGGAAACAGCAAGUUCAGUCAAGUUCAGCACAAACAAAAGUCCAGAAGAUGACAGAGAUGGGACGCUACAUGGACGUCAGUGCUCAACCUGCAAGAAAAAUAUUUCUUAAGGAGGUGAUGCUGUCCAAGGAGAAAACGGAAGACCGGCCUCUCAACAGGAUGAUGCGAGUGAUCGGAGUCAACAGUUUCUGCUCCUCAGAUACGUCCUGUGAAUCUUCGCCGGCGAGCUCUGAUCUGGAGUGGGAUUUUGAAGAGGCAAGUGCAGGGUGGAGUGACCCAAAAGCAAAGCAACAGAAGAGGGACGAGUUUCCACCUCAAGAAGUGCCAGCAAACCCAAGACCCUUCAACAUGUGCACCUGUGUCAUGUUCAGACCCCCACAGAAAGCUCUGUCAUGCACCAAAGAGGGUGAGAGCAUCACUGCGGCAAGUCUGGCAGAAUGACAAAGGAAUGCCAUUCUCAAUUAGUAAUGUGAUACACAUCUGGAGCAUUAAUUUGAGGGGAAAUAAAACAUGGAAACACUGA